CCAGUUGUAAUUUGAUGCAAACGUAAAGGACACCGGUUGUAAUUUACUCACUUUAUAAAGUUAUCUAAAAUCUCAUUGGUCACAACAAAAUUAAAAGUGUAACAUUGGCUUGAAGUGUGCUGUACACUUGUAUUAAUUCUAUCUCCUAUGGCCAGUACCCUUACAUAGUUUUCAUCCAAAAACACAAAGAAAGUAAACCAUGGGAAGAAAGCUUGAUGCACUCCUUGGCCGGAAGUUCAAGACCUCCAAACUCGAAGCCACACUCAACCUUGCCAUCUCCCGCCUCUCCCUCCUCAAAAACCACCGCAGUGCUCGGUUCACAAUCGCACUUUCCGACCUCGUUCAACUCCUCCGCCUUAACCAUCAUCAACAAGCGCUCCUUCGGGUGGAGCAAGUGAUGAAGGAUGAGAACAUGUUAGAAGUGUAUGAUAUGAUAAAUUGCUAUUGUCAUCUCCUCAAACAAAAGAUUGGCCUCAUAGAAAAAUCAAAGGUUUGUCCAGAAGAACUGAAAGAGGCAGUAUCAGGCCUAUUAUACGCGGCUCCAAGAUGUGGCGAGUUCCCGGAGCUCCGAGAGAUUCGAGCAAUCCUGACCGCUCGUUUUAGGAACGAAUUCAGUGCCAUCGAGUCAAAGAUGAUACAAAAACUGUCGGCAAAGCAGCCAGGUUUGGAGAUUAGGAUGAAGGUGCUUGAAGGAAUUGCUAGAGAGAAUGGCAUUGUUUUGUUACUCGAGAAAUUUGAUUCAAGCGAUCUGGAUAGUCCCGGUUCGCAACCUGAGUUAGCCGGAGAGAGACAGAAAGGAUAUCACCACCUACAGAGACCGGAAGAGAUGGAGAAAAACCUUGAAAAGGCCAGACAUGGUGUCCGGCUAACACCCCAUUUCGGCCUGUUAUUACAUCUCGUCAGCCUAUAAGUUCGAAGAUGAAGACGUCCCUGGUUCACGUUGACAACGGUGGUAACGUUGGCUAUUUUACGACGACAACGGUGAUGAUUAAAAGCCACAGAUGACGGAGAUGAAGACUUAAGGUAAACCAUCGGUGUCUACAGAGGUACGUUGUCACGGAUCCGGAGAAAAACAAAUUCCGGUGAGAUCGCCGCUGUGUCAAUAGAGGAAAGGAAUGUGAAGGCAACAAAGAAGAAGCGAGAGAAUUAAAUAAGAAAACGGCUUAAAAAAUAUGGUACCGUUGUCACCCAUCGUGUUGUUUCUGGUUCAAAGAUCAUGUUGUGUGAACACCUUGAUAAGAUUCUUAUAUAAUCGGAUGAUUUGUGUUAUUGUGUAAAUCUUAGAUGAUUGAAUGAUGUAAAACUCAAACCGAGAAUGAUCCGGUAUAUAAAUGAUGGCUGCCAUAUAUAGGGUUUGUAACCCAGCCGUAGCAUUGCAUCAUUUAUGGAUGUUAUAAUGAAAGACGUGUUUCUUAGGAA